ACCUAUACUAUACAAGUAUGCAAUAAUUGUGUAAAAGUCUAAAUUCAUUCUAAACCUACCUAUACAUACGUAUUGGUAUUAUUAAGCUGUACAUCUCGGUCUAAUGAUUUCAGUUCAAUGGUUCUGCUUAAAUUUCAAUUAAUGCAAAAUGCCGUUGAUGUAUACGUUUUGUACAUGGCUGCCCUUACGUCUCGGUACUAUCAUCGUUGGAUUAAUAUCUAUAAUACAGUCAAUUAUAAUCGAAAUGGUUUGCAUUCUGAGUUUAAGUAUGACAGAUACCAUUUCUUCUGAAAUCAAUAAAAUGCUACGCUCAAAUAACAUGGUUUAUACGACAGAGAUUUUCAAAGCAAUUGAAAAAGAUCCGAGGAAUUAUAUAACAAAUAUUAUGAUCUACUUUUUGUUGUAUACUAUUAGUUGUGUUGCGUUAAUAUACGGAGCUUUUAAGAAUUCAAUUAUUUUAAUACUACCAUAUAUUAUUCUGGAAUUCAUAAGACUAUUUAUCAUAUUUUACUCGGUGAUAACAUCUAUGAUUCUAAUAAAAAUUAAUGUGUUGGAUUUCUUAUUCCUAAUUUUAAUUUCUGUAAUUGGAGUAUUUCUUUUACAAAUAUUGAUUUAUUUGUGGUGUUGUCCGUUGAGUUUGGUGCAGUGUUUGUUAUUGAACAAGAAAUUAUUAGAGUCUCAAUCACGAGAAGCUGUCGAGUUGAACAACAGUGUGCUGCCGAAGACUGCGGUAAACAAUCAAGACGUCGUAUAUGAUCCGCUAUCUGAUCAUUACGGGUGGAGACCAUUCAAACCGAGCUACAGUUAUCCAUACGAAAACAUGCCACAAUACGAGUACUAACUGCUUAUAGCCACGCAACUACACAAAACAAUUAGUGAAAAAUAUAGAGUACGUACUUAAUACCUUUUAUAGUUUUAUGCUAUGCUGAUGGGUAUUUUAAAAUUUAAAUAACCUUCAAGUGCAUUGAUUCGGAUCGUGAAGUAACCACUUUUAAAGAUGAUGUUUAAGUAUUGAGGUCAAAAUAUAUUUUUUUUCAAUAACUAAUUUAUUUCACGUAAUUCAAAUAAUAUUUUUGUACAACAAUAUUCUUGAUUAAUAUAAUCUGUUAUAAUGCAUUAUACAAAUAAACUUAUAU